AUGCAGCUCCUCUCAUUACUUAUAGUAGCGAUAAAUAUAUUCAACUUCAAGACUAGAAGUAUAGCUAGAAAAGGACGUAUUCUUCAAUAUUACUGUGUCUAUGUACACUAUCUAAUACUGUUAUGUAAAAAUGCCAAAAACGUAGAGGGUUAUCAAGUAACGAGUGUGAGAUUUCCAUGUGGAACAGGUGAAUUGAACAAUCUUCGAGAUUUCAGAAGGAAGAAACAUAAAAGAGUCUUCUUCAAAUAUGACAAUUAUAGAAAUGUUAAAUGGGGUGAAACCACAAGCUGCAGGAGAAACAGAUGCAGAAGCAGAUUCUAUGCGACAAAUGUUAAAUCUAAUCAGCCAUGGGAAGAAAGUAUCAACCCAGAAAAAGAAGUAAAUGAUGGAAGUACUACAAAAAAAAAAGUGUAUAAUUAUUUUAACGCCCUAUCCAAAAGUAGUGUAAUAAAUAAGAUGGUUGAUGAAAAUGUAAAUUUUGAAGAUGGAGUAGUUAGCUUUUUCACACUCAAUGCUAAUCCUAAUAUUGGAUUCUUAAUUAAUAAUAUGAAAAAAGGGAAAAAAAGGGAGCAGCAUCUGAUUAAUGCAGAAAAAGAAAAUAUCAAUGGCAAAAGCUUUGAUCAGAAGAAGAAAAUGAAGUUAAUGGAUGAAAAAAGACGACAUAACGAACGAAACAAAAAUGAAACAUCACUCAUCAUGGAAGAGAAGAAGAAGAAGAAGAUUCGUCUAAAACUUAAGAGAGGAUAUAUGAACGAAAUAUACGACAGGGAAAAAAGAAAACUUAACGACAUUUUACUAUCCUUUAAGGAUAAAAAUAUAUUUAAUAUAAAAAAGAAAAAAAGACUCAAAGAAAAUAUAUUAUUGCUAAAUGGAAAAACUGUUAACAUAGAAGUGAUAAAACAAUAUUUAUUUCAUAAGUUAAGAUUAGAAUAUUAUGAAAGUAUAAGAGAUCAAAAAAAAAUUCUCACCCUAGAUUUAUGGUCAAAGGAAAUUAAUGUAUCAGUUGAAAAUUUAAAAAAAUUAAUUGUUUAUAUUUACAAAAUGAAAACAUUAGUACAAAAAGAAGAUGAAGAAUUAUUAAUUAAAACUUACUUUUAUAACAAGAAAAACAUGUUCCUAUUGUUUAGAAAUUCUACUUCACCUGGACAAAAGGUAGAUAUGUUAGACUUCCCCCUUCCGGAUGUAAUUUCUCAGUCGGACUCUCCUGAUGAUCCAGCUCGUGUGAAUAUGCAAACUGGAUGUCAAAUGAACAACAAUGGUUUAACUUCAAAAGGUGAAGAAUUCAAAGGUGCCAUAGAAGAGUCUCCAUUAGAUAAAAGCGUGAAGGGAGGAGGGAAAGACACCGAAUGUUAUGUGAGAAAUGGAAGAAGAAGAGAAAAAAAAGUUGGAAAUGUCGGAGAAACAGCCCAUGUAGGGGAGGACGCAGGGGUGAGUGGAAGAACGGAAUUCCUAGCUGAUACAAAAACCUAUUUAAAAAACAAUGUGGUAAAAAAUACCGGGAUGAAUGCCUCAUAUGAACACGACAUUUUUGCAGAUUACUUUGAGGGGAAAGAAAGCGUAGAGUACAAAGAUUGUGAGAAUUUAAUAAACGCAGAAGUUCAAAAAUUCAUGGAAUGUAUCAAAGAUGUGGUAUUUUUUGAGAAUUCAAUUUAUAUGCUUGAAAAAUUACAAAAUAGACCCCCGUUAUUAGAAGAAAUAAUUUUUGCUUAUAAUUAUGAAAAGGAAAUUUUUAUAAAAAAAUUAGAACAGAAAAUAAAGUUAUCACAACAACUACUCAUAUAUUUUAUCCCACUAAUUAAUAAUAUAAUAAAAAAAGCUGAAUCUAAUUUUACGAGUAAUUUAACCGAAGAUGAUUUUUUGUUAGUUAGCUUAGAUGCUGUCAAAAAUGGGUUCAAAAAAUAUGACGUAGAAAAAUUAGGAAUAAAAAAUUUAACAAAAUAUGUAUACAUGUGGGCCAAAAAUAGUACGUAUAAUUACUAUCAGAAACACAAGACAUUUGUAUCCGUCUCCCCACAUACGUAUAAUGAUUAUAGCAAAAUAAAAACUUUUGAAGAAAAUUUUGCAGAAAAAAAUGAAAGAAAACCAAGCAUAGAAGAAAUAAGUCACGGGUUAAAUAUGAGUAUAGAACGGGUUCAAAAAGCUUUAUCCUCUGCUGUUAAUAUCAUAGAUGCAGAAAAACCAAUCACAUAUCAAAAUAGCAAUUCUGCACACCCUGAAAAAAAUACCUACAAAGAUUUAAUCGUUAAUUCGGAUGAUAUUCAUAGCAUCAAUGAAAUUAUGUAUAACGAUAUUGUGAUUAAAGGGUUAAGAAAAUUUAUAUGUAAUUCUUUAAAAAAAAAAAUUAAUAAAUUAAUCAUUUUCAUGAAGUUUGGCCUCUUUUUAAAGAAAAAAAUUUACACAGAUGAAGAAAUUUGUCAAACACUCCAAAUCACCAAAAACAAAUUCCAAAAACAUUUUCAAAUCUCCCUAAAUCAGAUCAAAAAUUAUAUUAACAAGAUAAAGAAGAUGAAGACGAUGAAGAAGAUGAACACGCUGAAGAAUAAAAUGUCUGAGAACGAUUUGAACUUUGACAUAACAUCCUAUAUGAACUUUUCUGAAUACGAUUUUUUGGGAAAUGAGUUUUCUCAAAUUAUGUUAUGA